AUGGCUGAUAUCAAGCCCAAUCAUACAAUUUACAUCAACAACCUCAACGAGAAAAUUAAGAAGGAUGAGCUGAAGAAAGCGCUUCACGCGAUUUUCACUCAAUUUGGCGAAAUCGUAAGUAUUAUGUCGUUCAAGACGCUGCGGAUGCGAGGGCAGGCGCAUAUCAUCUUCAAAGAGAUUUCUUCCGCGUCAAACGCUUUGAGAGCUAUGCAAGGAUUCCCGUUCUACGACAAACCUAUGCGAAUUCAAUAUGCGCGCGAAGACUCGGACGUGAUUGCUAAAGCCAAAGGAACGUAUGUUGAAAGAGCUGUUCGGGCCCCUAUCCCUACAUGUAUUCAUAAGAUUUGCAUUCACUUUGGUGCCAAGGGAGCAAGAGGGCCUGGCGAUCACGAAGGACCUGCACCGCCCAACAAAAUCUUAUUCUGCACUAAUCUACCUGAUGAGGGAAGGGAAGGGAAUAAUCUCUUUUUCUUCUUCAGAUUCCCCGGUUUGAAGGACAUCCGCUUAGUACCGAAUCGAUCUGGCAUCGCUUUCGUUGAAUUUGAGUCGGAAGAACUGGCAGCUCCUGCCAGAAUAGCUCUCAAUAAUUUCAAGAUUACUCCAGAACAGCACAUGAAGGUCGACUAUGCCAAGAAAUAA